UCUGAAGUUGAUCCCACUCCUCUGUUUGACCAGUGGACUGUGGGCUGCGGUUGUGUAUGGGAAUCAUUCAGGUUCCUGUAAAACGUGCCCGUCUGGUUGGACUCAGUUUGACGGAAGCUGUUACAUGUUCCACUUCAGAGAUAUGGAUUGGGCUGAUGCAGAGCGUUACUGCACUACUGUUGGUGGUAAUCUGGCUUCUGUCCACAACAAAGAGGAGUACACCUUCCUCAAAACUACUCUCCAGGCAGUGGCUGGAAAACAGUUAGCGGUUUGGCUUGGAGGAUAUGAUGCUGUAAAGGAGGGUGUGUGGCUGUGGAGCGACGGCACUUUCUUUGACUUCAAAUUGUGGUUUAAAGGGGAGCCAAACAACUACACUGGACACGAGAACUGCAUGGAGAUGAACUUCAGGGGAAGGGAGUAUGUCAACGAUAGCAACUGUAAUGUGAAGAGAUCUUUCUUUUGUGAGAAGCGCCUGUGAAACCGCUGCUACGUGCUGACUUCUGUAACAUGAAGAAUCUGUUACUACCAAAGAUGUCACUUGAUCCAGAUAUCAAGCCUCGAUGACAUCGCUGUGUAGGAUCUGAUGGAAUAUCUGAUUAAUCAAUAAAAAGAUAAAUCUGCU